GCAGCGCAGCGCUCCGCGGGUGGCAGACGCGGCCCCCCGGCCCCCUGAGGACGCCUGGCCGCGGGCCUCCCGGGGUUCGGGCCCGGCGGCAGCCGCCGCGAUGGCCCUCAAGAUGGUCAAGGGCAGCAUCGACCGCAUGUUUGACAAGAAUCUGCAGGACCUGGUGCGCGGCAUCCGCAACCACAAGGAGGACGAGGCAAAAUAUAUCUCUCAGUGCAUUGACGAGAUCAAGCAAGAGCUGAAGCAAGACAACAUCGCGGUGAAAGCAAACGCGGUCUGCAAGCUGACCUAUCUGCAGAUGCUAGGAUAUGACAUCAGCUGGGCCGCCUUCAACAUCAUAGAAGUGAUGAGCGCCUCCAAGUUCACAUUCAAGCGAAUCGGCUACCUCGCGGCUUCCCAGUGCUUUCACGAAGGGACCGACGUCAUCAUGCUGACCACCAACCAGAUCCGCAAGGACCUGAGCAGCCCCAGCCAGUACGACACUGGCGUUGCGCUGACUGGCCUGUCCUGUUUUGUUACCCCAGAUCUUGCCAGAGACUUGGCCAAUGACAUCAUGACACUGAUGUCACACACCAAGCCGUACAUCCGGAAGAAGGCUGUUCUGAUCAUGUACAAGGUGUUCCUGAAGUACCCUGAGUCUCUGCGCCCCGCCUUUCCCCGCCUGAAGGAGAAACUGGAGGACCCCGAUCCCGGGGUCCAGUCGGCGGCAGUCAACGUCAUCUGUGAGCUGGCCAGACGUAACCCCAAGAACUACCUUUCCCUCGCUCCGCUCUUCUUCAAGCUCAUGACCUCCUCCACCAACAACUGGGUCCUCAUUAAGAUUAUCAAACUGUUUGGUGCUCUGACCCCCUUGGAGCCAAGGUUGGGUAAGAAGCUGAUUGAGCCUCUCACCAACCUGAUCCACAGCACGUCUGCCAUGUCCCUUCUCUACGAGUGUGUCAACACCGUCAUCGCAGUGCUCAUCUCGCUGUCGUCUGGCAUGCCCAACCAUAGUGCCAGCAUCCAGCUCUGUGUUCAGAAACUGCGGAUAUUAAUAGAAGAUUCUGAUCAGAACUUGAAGUACCUGGGGCUCCUGGCCAUGUCCAAGAUCCUGAGGACGCACCCCAAGUCUGUGCAGGCGCACAAGGAUCUCGUCCUGCAGUGCCUGGACGACAAGGACGAGUCCAUCCGGCUGCGGGCCCUCGACCUCCUGUACGGCAUGGUGUCCAAGAAGAACCUGAUGGAGAUCGUCAAGAAGCUGAUGACCCACGUGGACAAGGCCGAGGGCACUACCUACCGCGACGAGCUGCUCACCAAGAUCAUCGACAUCUGCAGCCAGUCGAACUACCAGCACAUCACCAACUUCGAGUGGUACAUCAGCAUCCUGGUGGAGCUGACCCGGCUGGAGGGCACCCGCCACGGCCACCUCAUCGCCGCCCAGAUGCUGGAUGUGGCCAUCCGCGUGAAGGCCAUCCGCCGGUUUGCCGUGUCGCAGAUGUCCGCGCUGCUCGACAGCGCCCACCUGGUGGCCAGCAGCACCCAGCGCAGCGGCAUCUGCGAGGUGCUCUACGCGGCCGCCUGGAUCUGCGGGGAGUUCUCUGAGCACCUACAGGAGCCCCAGCAGACCCUGGAGGCCAUGCUGCGGCCAAAAGUCACCACCCUGCCGGGCCACAUCCAGGCCGUGUACGUGCAGAAUGUGGUCAAGCUGUACGCAGCCAUCCUGCAGCAGAAGGAGCAGGCCGCGGAUGCGCAGGCGGCCCAGGAGGUCACGCAGCUCCUAGUGGAGCGGCUGCCCCAGUUUGUGCAGAGCGCGGACCUGGAAGCCCAGGAGCGGGCAUCCUGCAUCUUGCAGCUGGUCAAGCACGUCCAGAAGCUUCAGGCCAGGGAUGUGCUGGUGGCAGAAGAAGUGAGCGCCCUCUUUGCUGGGGAGCUGAACCCGGUGGCUCCCAAGGCACAGAAGAAGGUUCCGGUCCCCGAAGGCCUGGACCUGGACGCCUGGAUCAAUGAGCCGCUCUCAGACAGCGAGUCUGAGGAUGAGAAGCCCAAGGCCAUCUUCCACGACGAGGAGCCGCGGCACACCAGGCAGCGGCCGCCUGAGGCGGACGAGCAGGAGCUGGCCCGGCGCCGCGAGGCCCGGAAGCAGGAGCAGGCCAACAACCCAUUCUACAUCAAGAGUUCCCCGUCCCCCCAAAAGCGGUACCGGGACGCGCCGGGCGUGGACCACAUCCCUGUGGUGCAGAUCGACCUCUCGGUGCCCCUGAAGGUGCCAGGGAUGCCCGUGUCAGACCAGUACGUGAAGCUGGAGGAAGAACGGCGGCACCGGCAGAGGCUGGAGAAGGACAAGAGAAAGAGGAAGAAGAGGGAGCGGGAGAGGCGGGGUGCCCGGCGCCACACCUCACUGCACACGGAGAGCGACGAGGACAUCACCCCCGCCCAGCGUGUGGACAUCGUCACCGAGGAGAUGCCCGAGAACGCCCUGCCCAGCGACGAGGACGACAAAGACCCCAACGACCCCUACAGGGCCCUGGACAUUGACUUGGACAAGCCCCUAGCCGACAGCGAGAAGCUGCCCGUCCAGAAACACAGAGACGCUGAGACCUCCAAGUCCCCGGAGAGACAGGAUGUCACUGUCGUGGAAAAGAAGAGCAAGAAGCCCAAGAGGAAGGAGAAGAAGCACAAGGAGAAAGAGCGAGAGAAGAGGAAGGAGGAGGCGGAGAAGGGUGCAGACUUAGACUUCUGGCUGUCCACCACGCUGCCUGCUGCCACCCCGGCCCCGGAAGAGCCCGGCGCGAACGCCACGGUCACUGCCCCUAAGGAGGAGCGGGAGGAGCCCAGGGGAGAGGAGCAGGGCGCCGGCGAGGAUGGGGCGCAGGACCUCGAGAAGAAACCUUCCAAGCAUAAGAAGAAGAAACACAAGAAGGACAAGGAGGAGCGGUCCAAAGACAAGAAGAAAUCCAAGAAGAGGGCACCUCCAAGGGAAGGGGAGGCCGAGCCCGUGGAGAACGGCGCGCCCGAUGAGGAGCCCCUCCCGCCCAUGUCUAGCUACUCUCUCCUGGCUGAGAACCCUUACAUCAAGAUGACGUACGACGUGCAGGGCAGCCUGCAGAAGGACAGCCAGGUCACGGUGUCCAUGGUCCUGGAGAACCAGAGCAGCAGCUUCCUCAAGAACAUGGAGCUCAACGUGCUGGACUCGCUCAACGCCCGGCUGGCCCGGCCAGAGGGCUCCUCGGUCCACGACGGUGUCCCCGUGCCUUUCCAGCUGCCCCCUGGCAUCUCCAACGAAGCCCAGUUUGUGUUCACCAUUCAGAGCAUCGUCACGGCGCAGAAGCUCAAAGGAACCCUGUCUUUCAUCGCCAAGAAUGACGAAGGUUCCACCCAUGAGAAGCUGGACUUCAAGCUGCACUUCACCUGCACCUCGUACUUGGUCACCACGCCGUGCUACAGUGACGCGUUUGCCAAGUUGUUGGAGUCCGGGGACCUGAGCAUGAGCUCAGUCAAGGUUGAUGGCAUUAGUAUGUCCUUCCAGAACGUUCUGGCAAAGAUCUGUUUUCACCACCAUUUUUCCGUUGUGGAGCGGGUGGACUCCUGCGCCUCCAUGUACAGCCGUUCCAUCCAGGGCCACCACGUCUGCCUCCUGGUGAAGAAGGGUGAGAAGUCGGUGUCGGUGGACGGGAAGUGCAGCGAUUCAACGCUGCUGAGCAACGUGCUGGAGGAGAUGAAGGAAACGCUGGCCAAAUGUUGAGCGCGCCGCCCACCAUGGGGAGGGCUCGCGGGGAGGGCGGCCAAGUGCCGGGUUUCUCCUCUGUCACGAGGACUGGGUGCAGCCGGGAGACCCAGU